UCUUCGUCCCAUCUCGUCGAUCCUAGAAAGCGGCAUCACGGCCAGGAUUCCCGAUUGAUGCGAUGACAUUACCAUUCCCUGAAUACUUCCUAAUAAGGCGAUUUUUGAACGAUUAAACAAGACUAUUUGUAAAAACAAUAGGUCCACGAUUAGCGAACAACAUUCUGAUUUUAAAUUAUCACACUGUUCAUGCGAAGAAAUCGGAUGGAUGCCCUAGGCUCUACGUCGGGAAGGGAAACUCCCCAGUGUCCCCCGGCCGCCGGGCCAGGGGUGAUGGUCAAAUAGAUCUUGAUGCAAGUCAUCCGGAUGCCGAUUUUCCCUUCCUUCUUCACUAUGCAUCUACCCAAUAGUGAUUGUCCUAUAACUUGUCAGCUAAAUAGUCUUCUACCCCCACCUAAUGAUGUGACAUUGAUAUACAUUUUUUAACCCAUUUCUCUCUUUCUCAAUAUGAUAACUAUAGCGAAAAGCAACUAGCCUAGAUGAAGAAUUUAUUGAAUUUCGUAUCUUUUCUUUUUAUACUCACCAGCAAUGUCGCCGCGCUAAACUUUACAAUUGCGGGCGGUCAGAUAUUUACUCCAGGUUUCGCUGUUCUCGAUGCGCCUCAACCAGGCACUCCUUUAGGAGGAGACACUAUCGAGGUAGCUCUUGAUGUAACUGCUAAUGGCAAGUUGCGUCUUCCUCCGUACAGCGACGACAGUCCUAGUCGGAUCAACAAUAUCACCAUAUUCCUCUACAGUUAUGCCACAGGAAGGAAUUUCACGAUAACAAAUGGGACGGCCUCGACGAAUGAUGUCAGUCUUGGCGAUAUCAUGCAGUCCGAGCCGGGCAGUACUGUAAAGCAUGUCAAGUGGAAUUGGCCGGACUGUCUCAUCGGCGAUGGAAAGCCAGACAGUGCGGAUAGCGAUCGCGGAGACUAUAAUAUAUCCAUUCGACAAAACUUCCGACUCAACGGCGAAGACCACUACACUAUCUUUGACGUUCCAAUCUCAGUCACAAACAAGAUAGACUUUACCGGCGAUAAUCCGCCUUGCGACUCAGUCAAUAAUCCUCUUCUCACACCAGGAGAAAUCGAUGCCGAUGCCGCGAACACCGUUGGCGUUCUCUUCGCGCCGGGAGAUGCGACCGUUGUUCAACAACCUGACUCCGGCGGCGAUAAAGACGGGAUAGGACCAAGUAAGCCCGAGGGCAACCCAGCAGAUGGUCUUGGGAGUGAUGCUAACGUAGUUGGGCCGACAUUAGUAUUUCAUUUGGUUAUGUUGUUAUCUGUCGUAUAUUCAUUUAUUCUAUAGUUAUAUUGUUCCAACCAAAUUGCAGCUUUUCGUUCCCAUAGCCAGUUUAAGUAAUAAGAUGUAUUCGAUAUAUCAUUACCAUUCCUAUCGUCGUCAAGCGCGCUCAGUGAGAUCAAUAACGCAAUACCAAAUUUUUAAUAUUUCCAUAAUUGAGUAUUAGCUAUCUUGGCCAUCCAAUACC